AGUGACAGCUAGACGCAGUAAUUUUAAAACUUUAGGGACUUUUUGUGUGUGGAUGUUAUAACGAAAAAGAGAAGAAGUUAUGACAACCUAGCUCUAAGCCUUUUAUUCGCCAUGUUUUUAUUUCUUCUACUGUUUUAUACAGCCUACCGGACUUCCUUAUUUACAUUGUGACAGACGAGUUGGAUUUAAUAGAGCUCUGCUGAGUUCUUACCUGAGACUAACGAUGGAUUAUCCGCUCUUUAUAGCUGUGUUUCUCGUGAGCUCCUCUGUGGUGUUAGCCUCCCAGCAGCCCAACAUCGUGUUCAUCCUGGCAGAUGACUAUGGUUGGUAUGAUGUCGGCUACCACAGCUCAGAGAUCCGCACGCCAAACCUGGACAAGCUGUCCGCGGCAGGAGUCCGCCUGGAGAACUACUAUGUCCAGCCUCUGUGCACCCCGUCCAGAAACCUGCUGAUGACCGGGAGGUACCAGAUCCGCACCGGCAUGCAGCACCAGAUCAUCUGGCCCUGUCAGCCCUACUGUGUGCCUCUGGACGAGAAACUGCUGCCUCAGCUGAUGAAGGAGGCGGGCUACGCCACUCACAUGGUGGGCAAGUGGCACCUGGGCAUGUACAAGAAGGACUGCCUGCCCACACGCCGGGGCUUUGACACAUACUUUGGUUACCUCACAGGUAGCGAGGAUUACUUCACUCAUGUCCACUGUUCUCGGAUUGCUGCUCUGAACCUGAGUCGCUGUGCAUUGGACCUGCGGGACGGAGAAGAGGUCGCCACGGGAUACAAAGGAGACUAUUCCACUGAGCUGCUCAGCCUGAGAGCCACCAGCAUCAUCAAGAAACACAACUCUAACAAGCCACUCUUCCUGUACGUUGCGCUUCAAGCAGUCCAUGCUCCGCUGCAGGUGCCCGAGCGCUACAUGGCCCCCUACAGUUUCAUCAAAGACCCCCAUCGCAGGCAGUAUGCCGGCAUGGUAUCGGCCAUGGACGAGGCCGUGGGAAACAUCACCCUGGCCCUGCAGCAGGGGGGGCUGUGGGACAACACCAUCCUGGUGUUCUCAACAGAUAACGGAGGUCAGACGCUGAGCGGUGGCAGCAACUGGCCGCUGCGAGGAAGGAAGUGGUCUCUGUGGGAAGGAGGGAUCCGGGGAGUGGGGUUUGUCGCGAGCCCGCUGCUGAAGCAACCCGGGACCGUCAGCCACAAACUCAUCCACAUCUCUGACUGGCUGCCAACCCUCGUUGGCCUGGCCGGAGGGAGCACCAACGGCACCAAGCCACUGGACGGAUUCAACGUGUGGAACACAAUCAGCAAAGGCUUUGCCUCACCCAGACUGGAGCUGCUGCACAACAUUGACCCUCUGUAUAAUGACAUCGCUCCAUGUCCUGGCACUCAGCGUCAGUCAUCUUUGGCUCAGGUGGUCAGCGGAGGCUCCUGGGCCAAUUCUGGCUUCAAUGUGUCCAUUCACGCCGCCAUCCGAUCCUCCAACUGGAAGCUGCUGACGGGCUACCCAGGUUGUGACGUUUGGUUUCCGCGACCCGGGCACAACAGCUCCGAUUCAAACCCCCCCCAGGCGGAUCCACUGAAGCCCGUAAUGCUGUUUGACAUAGAAAAAGAUCCAGAGGAGAGGAAUGAAUUAUCCGCUCACUUCCCCACAGUAGUAGAGUAUCUUCUCACUAGGCUCAACCAAUACCAGAAAAGUGCUUUACCGAUAAACUUCCCCGAUGAGGACCCCCGAUGUGACCCGGGUCCCACUGGAGCCUGGGGACCCUGGGCAUAGGGUGGAAAUGACAGUUAUGAAUGCUGUAGCACUUUGUUAAAUGUGAAUUUCAGCAGCAGGAAUCUCUUCUGCUGAGAAAAAGAGACAUUAUGAUGGUGAGAUUUAAUGUAUAUCAACUUAAAGACAGCUGUUUUUAUCCCACAAUCAUUUAAAUCUGUCUAAACUCGAUUAUGCAGAUUGUUUUAAAGAACAUAUUUCACUUACAUUAUGUUUUUCGGUUUUGUUCCUUUGUUUGUCAGUUGUUUAUUGCGAAAACCUCUAGCCUAUUGCAUGGUCAAAGAAAGAUCCCAUAUCAUUUUGCAGCGUUGUUUUUCCCUUUCGUUUACAUUGUGCGAUAGGGCAUUUGGCCUUGGCGGAGGUCUUUGUUCUCCAAGUGCCCUUUUAGUUUAAUAUUUGCCAAAGAGUUUUUAUUUUUCGCCAACCAAUGGAAAAAGCCAUUAAUUGACUGACUGGUACUGCCGUUACUAUUGAUCGAUGUGUCCCAGCUCUGAAAUGCUUACAGAGGUUUGGUUAAAGCGAUUGCGUAAACACUGUUUGCUACACAUGUUGCUGAUUUGUAAAGACCUUAUCUCCCUGCUGUUUCAGGUAUAGCACUUCAUUUAUCUACUGUUGAGAAGCCGCAGGCUCCUUGUAUGUGUCAAACAGAAGGAAUGUUUUCAUACCUGAGAGACAUAUUUCACCAACCAAUCUAUGGUGUCUUUUGGGAGGUUUUUACGGAUCGUACAGGAGAAAGCAGAAUGUGUCACGUUAUAUUUACAUCUUGUUACAUGGCCACUCAAUGUCCAAAAAGGUCAAAUUCUUACUUUAAAAAUAUAUUUCCUUAAAUAAACUGUGCUUUACUUAUUAUUAUUGUAUUAUUUGUGCACACUUUGAAACUGUGUACUGGUUGUACUGUAGCUAUGAAUCCAAGUUAUAUGAUUUGUUCCGGAAAACAAAUACUACAUAAUAACGAGGCUUCAAAAUGUAGUGAAAUGGUUUGUAAAAAGACUGAAUAUUCAUGAUUCUUUGUGCUGAAAUGUAGUUAAUUACAAGUGCUUUUUUUCGUUUACUCGUUCCCUUUCCAGUUGCCUUAACGUUAACAACUAGCUGCUAAAUGGGUUAGCAGUGUAUUUCUGUUUCGAGGUUGAAAAUGUGAGGAAUUUCUUCACAUGCACUUCACAUAUCCAUUAUGUUAUGGCUUCAACAAAAACUCCCACAUGCCAGUCAUUCAUGAAUGUGCAGUUCUCACAGAGGUGAUUUAGAUACAGUUAUGGUGAUACAUCUUAUAUUUUCUUACUACAUCAUAGAUUACAAAAGAAUACUAAAGGGUAAGGAAAUCUGAGACUUCCAAUUGAAGGAUUUGCAUAUUUGGAAGUUAAAGAGGAGAAACUAAUUUCCUUGAUACAUCCACCCUCUUUAACCUUUGGCCUCCUGGUGAUUGACCUCCCACUGGCAGCCGCAUGCAGACUACCACAGGAAAUACUCCCUGCAGAGAGGGGGCGGCCCGUCCUAAUGUGGGCUGUGACCCUUGACCUGCCAUGUAUAUUGAUUGGCAGCGGAUCAAGCAAACAACAAUGCUGGUGACCGUGGAAAACAUAGGGCUGUUUAGAGUCAGAUGUCACCGACUCUUGUUUCCUUUAUAAAUGUGUUUUUUUGGAACAAUUGUUUGACCUAUCACUCUAAAAGGCAGCACUUUGUUGUUAAUAUUCAUGUUGUCGUUUGUGCUCAGCUGAUGGCACAGUUUGAUAUGAAAUCAUAAGCUGGAUAUGAGUCUAUCAGUAAAGGAAUAAUGGGAGUUUUUAUUUUAUUUACUUUGUUGCCAAGUGUUAAAUGUUUAGAUACCACUGUUAUCUAUAAACGUGAAGCUACGGAGGGUUAGCUUUGACAGUUAGCUUAGCUUAAGGAAGAAACAGCUAGUCUAGACACGUAACUUUUAUAAAACCAUAAUCAUUUUUACACCGUAGAGUUUUUACAGAUCAAACAAAACAUAUAUAAUGUGUUUAUUAAUGUGCUUAGAAGUGUUAGUAGGCGAAUUCUUCUAGAAAGAGCUAAGCUAGCUGUUUCCCCUUGUAUUGACCUUUUAUUCUUAGCUAAGCUUACUUAACUCUAUAUAUAACUGGCUGAAAGGAGAGUGUAUCUAUUUGUCUUUGAUCUCAAAGAGCAUUUUUGAGUGGUUUGACAAAUCCAUUUUAACGCAAGUCUACUCUUAGCUUUCUCCAGAGCUUUCAACUCUCUGUCACAUGGUCUUCAUCAAUGUAUGGAGUUUGCUCUGUUGACAUGUGAGCUCAAUUGCUGUAAUGAUUUAAUCCAUAACACUUGAUGAUACAGCUCUAAAUAAAGCCAUUAAGUGAC